AUGACACGGCAGCAGCUAUACCUGGGUCUUACAUUAGUCGUGACAAUAUGCGGACUGUUCUACGUCGCGAUCCCUCGAAGCGAAAUACCGCAACCGGUCCGCAAAGCCCCCUCCUCCAGCGGUAGGCCAGUAUUUGAACAGCGACUGGUAGCUGUCGGCGACCUUCACGGAGAUUUCGAGAAUGCGAAGACUGUGUUACAUAUGGCAGGUAUCAUCGACUCCUCAGCAAACCCAACGUGGUCGGCAGGCUCAACGAUCCUCGUUCAGACAGGCGACAUUGUCGAUCGGGGAACGUAUGCCUGGGACAUCUAUCGCCUAAUGCAGAGCCUGAGAUCAGAGGCGGCUGGUGCCGGGGGAAAAGUGGUCAGCAUACUAGGCAAUCACGAGGUGAUGAAUGCGAUUGGGGACUGGCGAUAUGUCACGCCAGACGAGAUCAAAUAUAACGGCGGGACGGAGCAGCGGAUGCGAGAUAUGUCGGCAGAUGGAUGGCUAGGAAAAGAGUGGCUGGCCAACUAUUCCAGUACCGCCCUCGUUGCUCUCUCCCCCUACCCAUCCGCCCCCCUCCUUUCGUUCACACACGGGUCCCUUCGCCCUUCAUACUCCAACCUUCUUCCAUACCCCGACAAGAUCAAUGACCUCGGCCGAUCUCUACUGUCAAAAGCUCUCCAUGCGCAGGUCCCGCCACAUCCACCCAACCCGUACGCCGGCCUGCCUCGAGAUGCGACCAGCGAGGAAGCGGAUCUUUACGCUGGCGGCGGUCCAUUCUGGUGGAGAGGUCUCGCGGAGAUGGGGAAUGAAGCUACCGUCUGCAAGUGGGCAGAGGUUCUGAAGAGGAAGAUGGGCGUCAGGCGGAUCAUUGGAGGCCACACGCCGAACUUUGAAAAGAUCGUCGACAGGUGCAACGCCUCGAUUAUCAUCAUCGAUACCGGUAUAUCGCGGGCAUAUGGCGGCGUGCUCUCUGCCUUGGAAAUAGUAUACACGCUCCACUCGGUCCAUCACCCAAAACACGGCGGUCAUCGACAAGACCCCUUCGUCGCUCCAACCGUGAUGACAAGCGAUGAGCCAAUACCUGGACAGCGCUACGUAGAGAGGGAAGAAGUACACGCUAUCUACCCAAAUGGUCGGAAAUUGAUCGCGGUGGAAGAGCAGGAGAUCACUUUGUAG